AACAUAUAGCAAUAAAAGAAAUCUUAUAGCAAAAAGAAAAAAUAUUAUUAAUAAAAUAUUUAUAAGUUAUAUUAAACAGUAAUUUAAAAACUAAUUCAAAUACAUAUAUAGUCUGUUUUUUAAAUACCGGUUAUAUCAUACGUAAAUGAUUUAUAAUUUAAAUAUAAAAUGAAGAUACAAUGGUUAUCAAAUUUUAUAUUAGCCGGUAUUAUUAGAUUUUUAUUAAUGAAUUCUGAAUAUCAAAAAAUCAUUAGUGAUCGUGUGGAAGUUUCUACUGCAUUGAAUUCUUGGAAGAGAGUAACUGAAGGAGUCUAUUUAUAUAACUUUGGCAUUGAUCCUUAUACAGGAGAUUUAUUUCAUGAAACACCCAUUGGACUAUAUGUUUUUAAUUUCAUACAACAACAUUUAUCACAGUCAAUAUUAUUUUGUUUAUUUGUGUUCACUGAUUUAUUAACAGCAUUAUUUCUUGGACUUACAGCAAAACAAUAUGCAACUGAAUUGGUUUUUAAAAAAAAGGAAAAAGAAAAAUUAUGUAAUGAAAAGACAAAAAGCCAUAAUAAUGCUUCAAUAAUAUAUACUUCAAUAAUGUAUGUCUCAGCAGGAUAUCUAUUUAAUCCAUAUAUAAUACUUAAUUGUGUAGGACAUACAACAACAGUAUUUACAAAUUUAUUAUAUUCCAUAGCAUUAAUUUCAAUGACAAAAUCUUCUAUAUUUUGGAGUUCUUUAUCAAUUUCUUUAUUAACAUUACAAGGACUUUAUCCUAUUUCACUUAUAGUACCAGCAAUUAUUUAUAUUGCUCGUUCUGAUAGUAUAAAACAAAAAAGGAAUAUUUUUAAUUUUAUUAUAGUAUUUAUAAGCACAUUAAUUGGUCUAUUUUAUAUUUCCUAUUAUAUUAUGGGAAAUUGGUCAUUUAUUUGGAAUACAUUUGGUUUUAUUUUAACAGUUCCUGAUUUACGUCCAAAUAUUGGACUAUAUUGGUACUUUUUUACAGAAGUAUUUGAGCAUUUUAGAUGGCUUUUCAUUGCUUCUUUUCAAAUAAAUGUCAGUUUACUAUAUAUAGUACCAUUAGCAUUGAGGUUACGACAUGAUCCAAUGUUACUAGCAUUUUCUUACUUAGCAAUUAUUGCUAUAUUUAAAUCGUAUCCUUGUAUAGGAGAUGUUGGAUUUUAUAUGUCACUUUUACCACUUUGGAAACAUUUGUUUCAAUAUACGCAACAAGGAUUUAUUGUAGGUUGUUUUAUGCUAUUUUGCACAAUUUUUGCACCUACUGUUUGGUAUCAAUGGAUUUAUUCCAGAUCAGCUAAUGCAAAUUUUUACUUUGGAGUUACAUUAGCAUUUGCUAUAGCACAAAUUUUUUUAGUAACAGAUAUUCUUUUCGCAAGUGUAAAACAUGAAUUUGCUGUGCGUCAUGGUAUUAAUAAGGAUGUUAAUGGAAGUAAUACAAAGCUUCUUUUAGAAUAAAAUUGUAUUUUAAAAAAUUUGAUAUUAAAAUUAUUAAUUGAAAUUUUA